CCUGCUUCGGCGAUUGGCUCUUAGCGCUGGGAGGGCUUCGUAUAUUGACCGACUGGUGGGGAUAAGCCCAAAGUGCGUUUUCGGAACGGGCCAAGAACAUACUGCCAUCUCUAAUGGCUGGCGUUGUACUUCUCGUGGCCGCGGCCGUUGCGUCUAACUUCGUUCUGUUCUCGGCUUCGGAGAGUGAUGAUGUUCUACCCAGCGUGCGCUACCAUGACUACGACAGUCCUAAUAGACGUCAUAACACUCUCAGCAACAGUCCCGAGUUCGUGAAAGAUCUCUACAGCCUGCAGUCAAUACCUGUCCCGGGUGUCGACUACGAGUUCGUCGCAGUACCUUUAAAGCUUCCGGUUGAUUACCGAAAUAUAGAUUCUGACGAUGGAGAAGAAAAAGAUGCGACUGUAGACUCUGCACAAAAAAUCUCCAAUAAGGAUCCACAAGUCACCACGAAUAAUGACGCCAGUUCGGAAGCGGAUGAGGGUACCAGCGCACAGAACAAAGAGGCACGAGAUUCGCUGAAGCAGGAUACCCCAAGAAGGCCACUCUUCGACAGCAGUGACGAACGCCAUGAUAGUUCUAGGCCUAUAUUCGAUGACGACAGAGGUCGAAGAGAGUACGAGAGCUACCCGUCCAAGUUGCUUCCCCCACCAAAACUAAGGACGCGGCUCGAAUCUCAAUAUCCUGCUGCGUCCUCUUACCCCGGUCGCCGAGACGUGGAGGUGCCUCGGACUGGCUUUCUCGGCGUCUCACAUGGGCGCCUCGAGCCGCAACCAACGGGUUCCAUGCAGGGUGGCGGGAGGAGUGACGAGCGCUCUUCCAAGCCUGUUGUGGAAUUCCACUUCGACAUCCCGAAUGACAAAUUUCAUUCGGACCUCGCUCAUGGCAGAUUCAGUACGUUUAAAGAAGUGCCGAGCUCGCUCGACACCCUCGUCAGCAGUGACGUCAGCUUCCUUAACAAAAUGAUUGCCGACCCUCCGGUGCCAGACAACGCGACUCGAGACGGCACUGAACAUUCUAACAAUGCCGGCGGAGGAGACCAAGCGAACGCCGUGGUUCGCAUGUUUCCGUCCAUCGCACAGCAUCAGCCCAGUGACCGUACUCCAAGUUCGUACCAGACAUAUCCACCGAACGAACAUCGAGCGCCCGAGCGUCACGAGUCAAGUCCAGUGUCGUACGAGGAUAGUAGAAGCUAUAGUCAGCCCGAUUCUGAGCUACGUGGAUACAGUGCUGAGCGGGAUUACCCUUACAAGGCUGCCUCGUCGACACUACAGGUGAAAAGCAAGCCAGCGAAUAGAACACCGCGGGCGAAGAGGGCGUCCAAGACGUCUGGACACCGAGAGACACGCAUUUCAUCUGAUUUUAUUGAAAAGAACGCGAGCUCUACGGAAACCAUGGUGGCUGAUCAUAGAUCCACGCUCGCUUCCUGUACUGACCAGGACACGCUGCCGUUCUGCUUGGUUGACCCAUCUUACCCGACGAAGGAUAUUGCAAUGGCGCUCCGGGAAGACGUCGAGUUCAAGCGGAUCUUCAAUCAUCUCAGAGCAGCCCAAAACAGUGGCGGCAGGGAGCACGGCACCGCGCGGAAUGUAGCCGCCCAUUGCCCGAGCUUCGUGCGGCCUGUGCGGCCCCUGAAAGGCAGAGACAUGCUGGGAGAAUGGAAGACCAUUGUCAACAUCGACGGCUUUGGCCAAGAACUGCUACUGAACACGUGCAGCGCCCAAAAGAGUCCGUGCCGCGUCAAGCCAGAGAAGUCCUGUGUGCAGCUGUUCGAGAUCCGAAUGCUGGCGCUGUAUGACGAAGGCACGAGGAAACUCCAUAGUGGGGAGUUUCGAGUGCCUACCGGAUGCAUAUGCGGCGACGAUGAGCGCCCCUGAGUGGCCCUAUUCCCACCCUCAUCUGACAACUUGUUCCAAUUACGGAUACGUAGGAUGCAUGAGCGCAUUCUCAUUCACAACUUGCAAUCAAGUAUUAACGCGAGAAAUCUCUACCACAACUUUAACGAUUACUUUUUUACUAUUCGUCUCACGCAGCAAGCAGCGGUAUUUUACGGAAAGUGGCUCAUCACAAAUACAUAUCCUAUAAGAUGUAAGGCAGGAAAAAUUUAGUGCUGCGGGCUCAGGUAAAAAAAUUUUUGAAACAUUCUACCCACGCACUGGGGCCAUCGCGAGGUGGUGCUUACAGCAUUGUGCAGCCCAAUUUAAUAUAGGCGCCAGGCGCUCGUUCAAAUCCUGGGCACAGUGACCGCGUUUCCAGCAUGAAAAAAAAAAAAGCACAAACGCCCAUGCGCUCAGACCUAUAGGCUCAUGUAUAUGGACUCCAGGUGAUGACAAUUAAUCUGUCAUUCUCUCAUUAAGGCGUGCCUCGUAAUCAUAUCGGAGUUUCGGCACGUUCAUAAUGCUCCCAAGUUUCGAACAAAUGUUUAAGUGGGUCACGCACUCCAUAUACUAUUGACAAUGUAGUAUUCUGCUUACGUUUAUGAAAUAAACAAGCACAUUUUGUUGCAUGACACA